AUGGUACCUGAAUGCAUGACGAUGUCACCCUCUGUAAGUGUUCUCAAGCGGGACAUUCCAUGGGAGACAUAUAUGUCAACUAAGCUGAUCACUUCGACAUGCCUUCAGCUUUUAAGGCGUUAUGAUCACAAACCAGAAAGUCAGAGAGGUCCGUUGCUUGAUGAGGAUGGGCCAUCGUAUGUUCGUGUUUUUUUGAAUAUUUUGCGAAGCAUCUCCAAGGAAGAGACUGUGGAAUAUGUGCUUGCCCUCAUUGAUGAGAUGCUUGCAGCGAAUCCUAAACGAGCAGCACUGUUCUACGACAACUCUCUCUCUGGUGAAGACAUUUACGAUCCUUUCCUAAGGUUGCUCUUGAAAGGUAACUGGUUCGUACAGGAGAAGAGCUGUAAGAUAUUAACUCACUUAAUAAGUGCGAGACCUAAGCUUCAGAACGGCAUGGUUCCAAAUGGAGAGGCUUCAAAUUCAAAGAGCAAGCUUACAUCAAUUCAUGAUGUGUUAAAGGGCUUGGUUGAUUGGCUCUGUUCUCAGCUCAGGAGCCCCACCCAUCCAAACUGUUCUAUUCCUACUGCUACCCAUUGUCUUGCCACUUUGCUGAAGGAGACAUAUGUUCGAACCUUAUUUGUUCAGGCAGAUGGUGUAAAACUGCUCAUUCCUUUAAUAUCUCCAGCCUCAACACAACAGUCAAUUCAGCUCCUCUAUGAAACUUGCCUUUGUAUCUGGCUUUUAUCCUUCUAUGAUGCAGCCGUUGAUUAUUUGUCCACUACAAGGGUUAUGCCAAGACUUUUAGAUGUUGUCAAAGGCUCUACUAAAGAGAAGGUUGUCCGAGUUGUUGUGAUGUCCUUCCGCAAUUUGUUGGCAAAGGGUGCAUUUGCUGCCCAAAUGAUUGAUCUUGGGUUGCCGCAUAUAGUACAGAAUUUGAAAGCUCAAGCAUGGAGUGAUGAGGAUUUGUUAGAUGCACUGAAUCAACUGGAAGUGGGUCUCAAAGAGAACCUUAAGAGGUUGAGCUCAUUUGAUAAGUACAAACAGCAAGUGCUUCUUGGCCAUCUUGAUUGGUCUCCAAUGCACAAAGACCCAAAUUUCUGGCGAGAAAAUAUCACCAACUUUGAGGAAAAUGAUUUCCAGAUCCUACGUGUCCUUAUGACAGUCAUUGACACAUCAACCGACACCACUGCUCUUGCGGUUGCCUGCUAUGACCUCUCACAGUUCCUUCAGUACCACCCUUCUGGCCGCUUAGUGGUGGCAGACCUCAAGGCGAAGGACCGAGUCAUGAAACUCAUGAACCACGACAAUGCCGAAGUUAGGAAGAACUCCCUGCUCUGUGUGCAGAGGCUCUUCCUCGGCGCCAAGUAUGCUAGCUUCCUGCAGGUGUAA